AUGCAUGACUCCCAGGGUUCUAGUGCGCUCCGCGCCGCCAAAGACAUCAGCUAUGGCAUCGCAGCAGGCAUUGCUUCCAAGAUAUUCGAGCAUCCUUUCGACUUGACCAAGGUCCGUCUACAAGCCCAAGUUCUGGAAGCCGAAGCGCGAUUCAGCGGACCACUUGAUUGUCUCAACAAAACUUGGCGGAAUGAAGGUGUUGGCGGCCUCUAUCGCGGCUUGUCCGCGCCGAUCGUUGCGGCCAUGGCCGAAAAUGCUUCCCUUUUCCUGUCUUACCGCGAACUCCAAGAGCUCAUAAAACGCGUCAACCGACAAUCUAUAACAGAACCCUCGACGAUGCCACAAAUCGCUUUGGCUGCUGCUGGCGCCGGAGCUAUAACCAGUUUCCUGCUUACGCCGCUAGAGCUCGUCAAGGUGGUUGCCCAAACCCAGAUGCUUACGGUCGCACCCUCAGCUGCCCAUCAACUUCCCGGUCCCCUUGCCGUUUUCUUAUCCGUUUUGCGCAAUAAUGGGGUUCGCGGCUUGUGGCUCGGUCACACCGGCACGCUAAUUCGCGAAACGGGGGGCACCGCCGCGUGGUUUUCGACCAAGGAAUUUGUCGCGUCUUUAUUAGUUGCACGACGACAAUCCCGCUCCAUAGAUGGCGGUAUCACAUCUGCUUCUGCAAAGGAGUUGAGGCCGUGGGAGUCGGCUGCAUCGGGUGCCUGUGCUGGGGCAGCCUUUAACCUCGCGCUCUUCCCAGCUGACACCGUCAAGACUGCGAUUCAAACGGAAGAACAGCUGCGACCACCAACCAGUGUUGGGGGCAAGGCUCCACCACGGUCAUCCUUUAUCGGCACUUUCAAGGCCAUGUAUCGCGCGCAGGGAAUUAGGGGUCUUUAUGCUGGCUGUGGAAUAACAGUCGCUCGGUCAGUCCCAAGUAGUGCCAUCAUCUUUCUGAUUUACGACGGACUAAGCAAGCGUUUCGGAUGA